AUGCAAGCUAUGCUCAGCGACAAUACACGAGACCCACCAUUUUAUCUACAACGCUGUAUUCCCACUCACUUCCAGCAACAUCACGAUCCAAAUACUCAUGCUAAUCACAUUAGUAGUGCCGUAUCCAAUCUCGUUCAUGGUGCCAAUGCCAACGACAAUACAAGUGUUACCCCACGUCGAGCGGGUACUUCACGUCGUGCCGCUCCGUCCGAAGAUCGUCCAUUUGCUUGUCCUGUGCCCAACUGUGGUGGACGCUUUCAUCGCAAGUUUACGUUGCAUGAACAUCUCAAGACGCACACGGGUGAGCAACCUCACCAAUGCCCUGUUGCAGAAUGUGGAAAACGUUUUAGUACUUCUGGUAAUCUUGCUCGCCAUCGGAAACUUCAUGCCAUGCGCAAGAUCAGUUGUCCAGCUGCACAUUGUACGCGAGUGUUUACAAGUCGUGAAAAACUGGUGCCUCAUCUAAAGGUCCAUCUUGCACGCACACCGCAUACGUGCGACUUUGCUGGCUGUGGUAAAACUUUUAGUACUGCUGGUAACCUCACUCGUCAUCGACGUACGCAGCAUCGUGCGGGUCCUCCUCCUACUCGACAAGAAGCAGUCCCAGCAUCUAUUAGACCGAUGUCGGCGCUACCACGUCCAAAGUUCGAGUUUCCAGGCCGCAGUGCCCCGCCUCCGACGGGUCCACUUUUGAUGCGGGGGCUGCUCUGGUCGCCUCAACCGCCUGUUGAACAUCCUCCUCAGCAGCGCAUUCUGGAGUCGGACGUGCAGGACUUGUUUGAUUGUCUGUUUGUUGAGAAUGCGCAAGCUGCUGCGGCGGCAGCCGCUCAAGGACACCACAACGUCUCAAUUAUUAGAGACAGACUUCCUAAACUUGAACUGCAGCGCGAAAACAGGGCCCCGCAACACUCCCAGGUACCAUACCUAGCUGCUACGUACGAAUUUUAG